AUGGCUAGCUCUCAAAAUUCACCCGUGCUUGUUCAGCACGCCUCACCUCCCCAUACGUUAAGUCCUACCAUGCCAGUUGUCUCCAUCUCCGCCUUCGAACCACCUCCUCUACCUGAAUCAAUGUUUAGUCCGACAAGGACAAUUCCUCCAUUUGAUCAAGAUACCGCGACUGUGUCUGUACAAGAGGCAGAUACAGAGAUGGCCAAUACACAGGCUCCUAUUCCUGUUCCUGUGCAAGAACCUUCCCCGGUGGUUGAAACUCCACCGCCACCUCGAGAAGAGUUGACAUCUAUCCCAGAACCCGAGGCAGCCACAAUAGAUCACCUGGCUGAAGAUCCUACCACACACACCCAACAGCCUUCGCCCGAACAAGAUGGACUGCCUCCUACCCCUCCUGCGGCAGCGGAGCCCGGUCCUGAAGUUCCCGAGUGGGCUACUUGGGAGGAUGACAACUCUACUCCAAAUGAGGAGGAAAUGACACAGAUUAAUGCCCGCGACUUUGAGUUGAGUGCUCUGGAUGUCCCCAGCGUGGAGAAGAGGAUAUAUUACGACGUUGAUGACCCUGACCAGCGACCGAUCAAGAAGCUUCGUCUCAGCUGGGUCAUCAAGAACCUACGGGGAACAAGGAACAAACCCAAUCCUUCCCGGGUCAUGAUCUCCCCGCCAGCAGAGGUCGACGGCAACUACUGGCAGAUCAAACUCUACCCCCGUGGUAACAAAUGCUCUUCUCUCAGUGCCUACAUCAGAUGCACCCCAGUUCCGCCGAAGCUAGAGCCAGACACAACGGAUAGCACAUUUGCCUUCUACGAAGGUGCUCCAGAGGCAGAUUUGGGGAAUGACGCUGUCCCAACUCAAACUCUGACGAUUGAAGCCACAAGCAAGCCAGAGAUUAAAAUUACUCCAGCACAAAGCCCGGAUGGCCAGGAACCACAGAAGCAAGAGAGCUCACAGGAAGGUACGCAAGAGAGUUCGCAGGAGACCGACAGUCAAGAUUCAGAAGCUGUCACAACCGACAACACUUCGUCAACAGAUGCAUUGAAGCAGGACAAACCUGUUGACUUGACAUGGAGGGUCGCAGCACAACUGGGCAUGAUCAUGUACAACCCGGCCGAACCUCGCACCUGUACUUACAUGUCUUCCGAACAUCAAUUCUCUUGUGCCAACGAUGAUUGGGGAUGGACCAAUUUCCAUGGCUCCUGGAGAGAAAUUCAUCGUCGACAACAUGCACAGAGAACUGCCUUGCUCCAAAAUGAUACUAUAGCCAUCGACGCAUACAUUCGAAUCUUCGAUGACCCAACCCAAGCAUUGUGGUGGCAUUCAUCGGAGUCUGAGGCCCAGUGGGAUUCCAAAGCCUUGGCUGGCUACUUUCCAAUGGGCACACCUCCGUUGUAUCACAGCCCUGCGGUGGCAGGAAUCACUGCUUGGCUACUUCUGGCUCCCUUUCGUAAGGCUCUGCAGGCUGCGGAUGCUGGUGAGUGGAGAAUAAAAUCCCAAAGCCGACCAAGACCUCUGCUCGAGCAUCUUCAGAAGAUCAUUUUCUUGAUGAAAUGGUUGGACAAGGCUUCAGAGCCAUAUGUCGAUCUUAACGAUGCGAUUGUACACCUCACUCGCUCAGGAGAGUCCUUCACCGACGUAAUGACCUUUUGGGAGGUCCUCCGUAGAGGCAUGGAGCUCGAACUCGCAGAUGACUCAAAUUUUAUGCAGGCCAUGGCAAAGAUUUUUGACUCGUCCAAAGGCCCUAUCUGUAUACCCCCACUGCCAGUCGAGGGUGUCAGCGACAUCCAACAAGGCCUUGACAAAGUUCUCCCCGCCGCAAAUAUCAAGAGUCGCCUUCCCGAUCUUCUCUCGCUCCCACUCGCACGAGAAAAGUUUGACAAGAAAACGCGUGAGUGGAAACUGAUGUAUGAUCGUAUCAUGCUGAAUGAUCAAGUCAUGGCACUUGAUCAGUCUGAGGAAGGGAGCCGCGCGAGUUACACACUAUAUGGAUUCAUGGUACAAGUUGGGGAACGAAAUUCAGGAAAGUUUUACACUGUCUUGCGGCCGAAUGGACCUGGUACCAAAUGGCUUGCUUUUGAAGACGGCGAUGGGAACAAGAUAUUCUCCUACACCAGGAAGCGAAUCAAUGAAUAUGAAGGACUCGAAGGCCAAGCACUCAAAGACCUCACUUCCACCAGACAAACCGCCUAUCUUGCCAUGUAUAUCAGGACGAGCUGUGUUUCUGAAUAUCUCACAGGCACUUUAGAGGAGUUCAAACUCCCACAGUGGAUGAAGACUUCGGAUUUUACGUAUGUCCCAGCUGACGGUCAAUUCACUGAGCCAACAGUGGCAGAGAAGACGGAUCAAGUUCGUGUGGAAUGCUACUCUGAUGAUUGUUUACGCGGUAGAGAAGGUCUUCUGGAUACAACCAAAAUCAGAACUCAGGCAGAACACAAGGGUCAAUAUCAAUGCCUUGUUGUCCCUAACACGACGACUUACCAAGAGAUCCGAGCACAACUUUCUCGAAAAUUGAACAUUAAGGAUCCAAGCUUGAUACAACUGUUCAAAUUGCGCCAUAAAGACGCAAGAGAGCACACCUGGGGUUCACCAGCACAGCUCAAACCAGUGAAACCGAGAAAACUCAUUUCAAGUGGUUUGUUGGAAGGCCAAUCUUUGUGUCUCUGGUAUUUUGAGACUACGGAAGACGUUGAUCGCUGGGGAGACUCCGUCGAUUCUCGGAUUGUUACAGAGACAGCUGACAUUGACCACGAACCACUGGGAGGCAACGCUGUCCCGUUCGAACCUGUCGCCGAACCCGAAGAGCCAACUCAGCCAGUGAUGGCGGCUCCUGAUGCUGAGCAGGCUUCAGUGCAGGAGGCUGUCGUUGCAGAUUUGGUAAGAGCUGCCGUCGUUCACGAAACGGUUCCACUCCCAUCAGAAGACACUGGUGAGGGCGUAGAUACAACGAUGCACACUCUCGAAGACACGACUGUAACAGCAGAAGAUAACAUGCUAGGUGCUGUCCCACAUGGUCAUCUCGUUGACGCGGCCAACCACGAUACAGAUCCUGCAGCACCCUCCACGCUUAUGGCUGAGGAGCCAACCGAAAGCCCAGAGAACCCGGCACCUCUGACUAGCGCGGAAGAACAAAUAGUUGCGGCGAUUGUUACACAAGACGCUGAAAUGAUGGACUUCACAAUGCAAAACACUGUGGAAGAGGAAGUCCCACAGCAUCCUCCUGAGUACGAGUCCUCCGAUUCAUCGGAGAGUGAAUCUUCGAUAUCUGCCGGCUCCUACAUUUAUGGCAUCAUCCAGGUCCUCGAUCUAGACAAGCAGAAUUUCAGCGUGUUUGGCACAUUCUUUGCCAAGACCGAUGCCAACAUCAAGGAUUUCCUCAGAACCCGGAUGGGAUACAUCGCAGCCGAUAAAGAUUUCAAUGUCUGGCGCCGAAUCUCGGAAGUCGGCGGGCGCAAGAUUGGAGCCGACAAAACUUUCAGUCGUGAGAAAGGGAUCGAUCAUGGCGCAAACUUCAUUGUCGGUGAAGUCCUUUCCGAGGCCGAACUCAAGGAAUAUGAGCAACAGGGCAAGUUUACCGAUCCUUGGACCUUAUCGACGUACCUCCGCAUGGUGGAACGAAAGCACCCCGUCAAAUCCCUGACGACUGAUGACGCCGUUGAAGUCGCAGUCUUUGGGGCGGAUUACUUCAAAGGGCCACUGGUGAAUGGACGGGGACAUGGUCAAAAAUGCCUUUGUAUCACUGGCACAGGUAACGUCUACGAAGGACCACUUGUCUGUGACAAAAAAAGUGGUAAGGGAGGUAAGAUGACCUACCAGAAUGGUGACACUUAUGAAGGAGAAUGGGAGGCCGACGAGCGACACGGCCAAGGUACAUUUAUUGAGAAUCGCACCGGAAACAAAUAUGUUGGCGGAUUCGAAUACGGAAAGCGGUGGGGAAUGGGCACGACUUACUGGCAAGUGGCAGAUGAACAGGCAGACUUGUGCCAGAUCUGUUACGGAGAAGAGAUUGACGCUCUAUUCUUCGACUGCGGGCAUGUCUGCGCUUGUGUGGAAUGUGCUCGCCAGUGUGACAUCUGCCCUAUUUGCCGAAAGAGCGUCAAGCAGGUGGUGAAGAUGUUCCGAGCAUGA